CGUGCUGCAGGCAGAGCCCUCCCAGAUCCCCGACCCCCGCCACGUGUGGUCCCGACACAGCCUCCCCAUCACGGACUUGUGCUGCGGCUUCGGAGGGCCCUUGGCACGGGCUGCCACAGCCUCCCUUGACCAGACGGCGAAGCUCUGGGAGGUCUCAUCUGGGGAGCUCCUGCUUUCCGUCCUCUUCGAUGUGGGGAUCAUGGCCGUGACUCUCGACCUCUCCGAGUAUCACAUGUUCUGCGGCGGCAUGGACGGAUCCAUCUUCCAGGUGGAUCUCUGUGCCUGGCCGGUCCAGAGAGACCGGACCUUCCAGACAGAGCGGGAGAACGGGAAGGUCUUCAAAGGGCACAGGAACCAGGUGACGUGUCUGUCGGUCUCCACGGAUGGCAGCCUGCUGCUUUCCGGCUCGCACGACGAAACGGUCCGGCUGUGGGACAUCCAGAGCAAGCAGUGCCUGAAGACGAUGAAUCACAAAG